AUGGAUACACAACGUCCCAAGGAAUCUAGACUCUCCGGAGAAGUAAUUUCUGAGGGGUUUUCUAUACCUCAAGAUGCUCCAAACCCUACAGAUAAGAUGAAGCAGAGUAAGCAGAAUGAAACUCAAAAACAAUCUGCAGAAAGCGAGGAAGAUCAUACAAAUGAUGAAGAAGAUGACUUGAUUCAACUUGAGAAGCAUGGUAUCACGGUCAGGAUUUCGAAAUAUGAAAUUUACAGCGCAAAGGACAUCAGUGUGGAAGUGAUUGAAGACGUUCCACCUGAGCUGGAGUUGAAGGAAACAGAAGCCAUCAUUUCGGUUGGAUUAAAGAUGUCGCCUUCAGAUGCACUCUUUGACAGUCCCGUGAGAGUAACAAUGCCCCAUUGCGGUGCAUUCAUAAAGCCAAAGGAUGCAGAAGUCUACAUCUAUUAUCGCAAGAAUGACAGCUAG